AUUUGCAGUGUUUUUUUAUAUUUCUGCAAAAUUGACACGAUAAUUUUUUAUAUCCCAGUCCAACUUAAAUGUCUUAAUAAAUAAAUUGUAAAUAAAAUAUAAUCUCAAUUAAAUGGCCCCCGCUGCUCAAAUAGACUAUAUCAUAAAUAUAGGAGCAGGCAAACAAUGUGGCCAGCGGCGUUAACACGCCUGCUAAAGAGACGACUCAUUUAUAUUGUAAUAACAAUUAUUUUAUUGGUUUAUACAGUUACCAAAGUAUUCCAUAAGCGUCCCAAUUUACAUCUCUUAGAAUCGAAUGAUUUCACUGUGGAACGUACAAAACCAUUAAUAUGGCGCACUUUAAACGAGCAUGUCUUACCCGAUGAACCACACUAUCGUACAAAUUCUCCACAUAUUUUAUGUCAAAAUACCAUACAAGGUAAAGAUCUUCUAACCGAUGAUCGGGGAUUUGUUUGCAACGCCGACCACAUACUAAGCAAUGGUUGCUGCAACAUACAAAGAGAAACAACUAAAUACUACACCUGUGAGACCUGUGAUAAUAGCACACAUUGUUGCGGCAUCUAUGAAUAUUGUGUAUCAUGUUGCCUGCAUCCUGACAAGCGACCCAUUUUGGAGCUAGCAAUAGAAGUGAUUAAGGGUCGCCAGGCAAUGUUAUAUGCCCAGGUGAAUGAUCAAUUUGAAUUGUGCGUAGUCAAGUGUCGUACUAAUUCACAUUCCGUUGAACAUGAAAAUCGUUACAGAGAUGUAAAUCAUCGUUUCUGUUAUGGUCCCACACAGGCUCAUGAAUCACAAAUCGAAGUAUCGGGUACGGGUUCAUAGCAUUAUCAUGUGGGUUAAAAACGUGGGAAUGUGAGUUUUCUUUUUUUUAAUAAUAACUGUCAAUAAUUGCCUUUAUACUCGUUUAAAUAUUUUUUUUGUAAUUGUAAUUUUAGGUUAAGGCAAGUUUUUAGAUAAAUUUCCUUUAAGUUUAUAUAAGUGAAACUCUCUAUAGUGUGUAGUAUAAAAAUAACUAAUAGUUAUUGGAUAAGUUGAGUAAAAGAAAUAAAAAAUAUUUACUUAUAUAUUUUUGUAUGAAUAAUAAAAUAAUUAAGAAUACAAAUAAGAAUUUGUUGGUGUU